AGUUUUUGCCGUAUCUACCCCUCUGCAACUUCCAAUGGCUUUCAGAUUGUUGACCAAGGGUGCUGCGGCUGCUGCCGUCGCUCGUCCCGCAUUGACCAUUUCACGCCAAGCUGCUGGUGCCGCUGCCGUCCGUGCUUACAGCACUGGUAAGGAAGUUGAGCCCAAGCAGAAGGCUGCCAGCAUCGUUGAUUCUUUGCCCGGCAACUCUUUCGUCUCCAAGACCGGUUUCGUUACCUUGAGCACCGGUUUGGCUACCUUCCUCAUCUCGAAGGAAAUCUACGUUUUCAACGAAGAAACCCUUGUUUUGGUCGCCAGUGGUGGUCUUUUGGCUAUUUUGAUCAAGUACUUGCGUGAACCCUACAACAACAUGGCCAACGACCACAUUAACCGCAUCAAGAACAUCUUGAACAAGGCCCGUGAAGACCACAAGUCUGCCGUUCAGGAACGCAUCAACGAGGCUGGUCAAAUGAAGGAUCUCGUCGAUGUCACCAAGUCUCUCUUUGAACUUUCGCGUGAGACCGCCCGUGUGGAAGCCGAGGCUUUCGCCCUGAAGCAGCAGGUUGCUGUUGCCCAUGAAGUUAAGGGUACCCUUGACUCGUGGGUCCGUCACGAAACCAACCUCCGUGAACGUGAGCAGAAGCAGCUGGCUGCCUAUCUGAUUGAGAAGAUUCAGCAAGACUUGAAGGACCCCAAGGUUCAACAACAAAUCUUGGACCAAGCCGUUGUUGAUAUCCAGAAGGUUGCCAAGAGCGUUUAAACAAGCAUAAUACACUUUUUCAUUCGUCGUUUUGUUUUUCUUUUUUCUGUAAAUGUUACAACGUUAAAAGAGCUUUAGUGCUUAAAACAUGGAAUCUGCAGAUGUGUUUCGAAAAGAGCACUCUGUACAUUGUAUCAAGAUUUUUUAUUCAUAACAUUCUGUCCACAUAUAUAACCACCGUCUUAAACCUCUCACAAUCGUGC